UUUGGGCAAAGUGGGAGGGGUUAUUGGUGGACAUCCGCUGGCGUUGAGAACGGUCAGCACAUGUGUACAGCCUGACCUCUGCUGAUAACAGCAUGACGCACAACGAAGAGAGAGCUGGCUGGAUAAAAGAAGGGGCCAUAGGACUUGGAGUGGGAGUCCUAUAUGGCAUCACCAAUGUCUGUGUGGGCCAUCCAUUCGACACUCUCAAGACAAAGAUGCAGGCCCAGGUGGGCUUUGAAAAAACAAACAUGAUACAGACAUUUGUACAGACACUCAAGACACAGGGAGUCCGAGGGCUGUACAGGGGCUGUAUCCCUCCUCUAUGGGGUUCUGGGAUCUUCCGGUCAACACAGUUUGCUGUUUUUUGAAGGCAUGUAAGUACACGUUACUGGACACACCCGGGAUGGCGGAACGAGGUGCCCGGAUCAAGCGGUGUGCAGCUCCGUGUGCUUGGGGCCGGUGCCAUCGCAUCCACAUCCAGAGCAAUCAUAGAAACACCGCUAGAAUAUGCCAAGGUACGAGGACAGACGAACCAGAAGUGGAAGCUCAGCAAGGUGUACACGGGAUUCGGUGUGACCUGGUGUCGGACGAUGGGGCUGAUGUGUACCUACUUUAUUUUGGUGGAUUCGGGGAGGCGGCACUUCCCAGAACAUUUUAAGAAGCCACUGAUUGGACCAUUCCUGACUUCUGGCAUUGCAGCCACACUGGCGUGGUGGAUUGUGUGGCCACUGGAGUACAUGAAGUGCCAAGUGCAGUGUGACUACGGAAGGCAUGUGUCGGUGAUGGAGCGGAUGAGAAUCAUCGUACGAGAGCGAGGUGGAGUGCUGGCUCUGUAUCGCGGACUUAUGCCUGGCACCAUCAGAAGCUUCCUAGCCAACGGAACCAGCAUGAUUGUGAUGUCCUUUGCCCAGAGGAAAGUCUCCGAGUGGGGUCUGAGGGGUUGACUGAAGGAUAUAUCAGGACUGAAUAUACUAUCCCUUGGACUCUCAUACACCUCUCCAUACAUACCACCCUGUUCUCCAUAUGCUGUAACCUGUAGACACUUAUCUGUAUACAUCCUCCUCUUCUCCAUAUACUCUACCCUUUAUACACCACCAUUAUGUCUACAUACUCUGCUGUGUAUACACGUCUGUAUACACCAGACUCUCACCAGAAACUCCACCCUGUUUACAUUUAUACAGUUAUCUGUAAAUACUGCCAUGUGCAUUUAUUCUUAUACAUAACCCUGUUCUCCAUAUACACUUCUGUGUAUUCAUCAGCCCAUGAAAACUUACCUGUACACAAUCCAAUUUAUACAACUCUGUAUGUAUACAUAACUAUGCAUUUUCUCUUGCACACUGCCAUGUAUACAUGCAUCACACUAUUCUCUUCAACUCGUACAGCUUGGAUAGUCAUGACAUGUUUUGAAUGCUAAACAUGUAUACAGUGUAUAUGCUAUACUGUAACAUACUACAU